UUUUUUUAAAUGGUAAUUUAGUGGCUUUGGGUGGAAGGAUGUUAAAAAAAUAAAAUAAAGGAUAGUACACACAUGUAGUAUAUCACUUUGUGCGAACAUUUCCUAUUAUUGAUUUUGUACAAAGCGCAAGCGCGAUUCACCUUCCGUCAUUAGUGAGUUUGACGUGCCAUCACCCGAUCGUACGGAAACGAAAGAAAAAAAUAUCAUAAUAUUCUGAUAGAGAUAACGGAAGAUGUUCUGUCUUUCACCAUAAAAUAGUCAUCCUUUUGAUACGUAAAAUUGUUGUUUUUCGAUUGAAAAGUGUAAGAAAAGACGUUACAACGGCUCCCCAAAGGAUAUAUCCCGUGAAACCAAUGCAUUUAGCGGCGGAUGCCGUUCGCCAAAGGAGGAUUAUCUUGAGACUUGAGUCCACGGAAUCUGAAGACCAUUUUAGUCGGUGUAUCUGUAUCUCCCUACCAGCUCCACCAGACAUCGAUAUACCAUGUCGUUGCCAAGAGAGUUUAUUUUUAACCAGGAGCUGUCGAAGUUGGACGGCCAGGUGCUCGGAACGUCCGCGCCGCCCACUUCCCAGGCGCCCGUCACCUGCUCCAUCGAAAUGGCGACCGACACCAUUGCAGAGGUACUCUCUCCGGACAACGCGGGAUCGCUGCUGUCGAUACAGUCGGCACCACCGGAGCCAAGCGAGCGCAUGGAGCCGCGAGAGCGUCCAGUCAGCCUGCUACUCGAGCUGCCGUUAGCCACUCAAGUCGGCGCAUAUUUAUCAGCGAUGUCGCCGACUGACCAAGAGGAGGACUCCCUGCUGACGCUGUCCUCAGUGACGGCGCGGCCUCUGCUGGCAGCGUCGAGGAAACUGAGGCCUCAUGACAGUUCCACUGACGUAUCCUCUCCACCAGACGGUGGUUACGGCUGGGUGGUGGUUUUUGGUGCGUUUAUGGUGCAGUUCUGGGUGGCUGGAUUGUUCAAGUCGUAUGGCGUUCUGUAUGUGGAGAUCAUGGAAACCUUCCCCGAUUCCUCGGAGAGCGUCGCUUCCUGGAUCCCCGCUGCACUAUCCACUCUGUGUUUGGCCCUGGCUCCUUUAUCAUCAGCUCUAUGCGAGAAGUACUCUUGCAGACUAGUUGUGUUCAUCGGAGGUCUAUUCUGCGCUACUGGACUCGCUGUAUCAUACUUCAGCACGGGGCUGCUACAUCUCCUGCUGAGUUUUGGAGUUAUGACCGGCAUUGGAGGAGGACUUUCAACAACACCGGGAAUCGUCAUUGUCUCUCAAUAUUUUGAUAAGCACAGAGCUAUGGCCAACGGCAUCUGUGUAAGCGGGACGGCUGCUGGCAGCUUCGUAUUUCCAAUGCUGAUCGAGAAAUUGGUGGAUACGUAUGGAUUACAUGGAACAGUUUUGCUUUUAGGUGGUGGUAUGCUUCAUGUCUGCGUAUCAGCUACUCUAUACCGUCCGCCACCCACCCCACGCGCUGUCACUCCUGUUACUACCACUACCACAGAAAAUACCACGCUACUGAACGAUAUUACUGAAGGUAAAACAGCUGUGUCGAACAAAGACAACAAACUCCAAAACUUGUUCCAGACGGAAACUGAAAUGACGUUGAAUCAGAAGAACGCGAUGUUGAGUGACGAGAAACGAACUAAUUUACUCAGUGAAAUCAUACAUCCCAGUCUGAUCGAGGUGGCACGGCCUCCACUACCAUCACAGAACAUGUCAGACUCGGAAGAUUCAGAAGGCAUGGACGUUUUAGGAGUAGUAGGGUUACCGCGAGACGUGGCGCGUCUUAGACUCCGGCCGACUCGCUCAUCUUCCAUCCUCCAUUCCGUUGAGGAUCUGUCAACUGACAGCACCUGCGUUUAUAAAGCCAGAGGCCGUCAGUUGAGUCGAUCCCUGUACAUCAAGCCUCCAUUACCAAGUAGAAUUAUCCAGAAUAAGCUAACAGAGCCCGCCAUUAACGCAAAGAAGAUAGAAGAAGAAGAAGCUAAAGAAGAGAACCUAGAAGAAAAAGAGGAGAAGAGAGGGUGUAUGGCGACUAUUUCCAGGUACCUCGACGUAUCUCUGCUAAAGUCCUGGCGCUUCGGUCUGCUGUGCGCUUCCGUAGCGCUGAUGUCUUGUGGGUCACCUUACGCGCUGUACUAUCUACCCGCGUAUACUGUUGCUGCCGGACAUAGCAAAGCGGCCGCUGGUCACCUGGUAGCAAUCAGCGCUAUCCUAGACUUAUGCGGUCGCCUAGGCCUUGGAUAUCUUUGCGAUUUACAUCUAUUUUGCAGAAGAAAGGCGUAUAUUCUCAGCAUCUUGAUUGCUGGAAUAGCCGUGCUAUCUUUGCCAAGUUUGACGUCCUGGUGGAGUUUAGCCGUCGCUUCAGGUGCCUACGGUCUGUGCCUUGGUUGUUGGUUCCUGCUCGUCCCAGUGUUACUGGCGGAUGCCUUCGGUACUGCUCGCAUCGCCUCCUCGUACGGUCUGGUACGAAUGUUCCAGAGUCUAGCCGCCGUGUCCGUACCACCAACUGCUGGUUUACUUCGUGAUGUUACUGGCGGUUACUCCUGGUGCUUCUACGGCAUGGGCUCCUGCAUGGUGCUGGGCACCAUACCCGUCAUCGCCUUCCACCUCAGCACUAAGAACGAAGACUCCGAGUCCUCAGUCGAUUGAAAUAUGUACCAGCAUUGUCCGGGUUUUAUGCUUUUAGGGCUGAUUUUUCAGUGUUGUCAAAUAAACUUUGAAUGGCAAAAUACUUUGUCAAAGGUUACCUGCUUUCUGUCUAUUUAACUAUGUAAAAUUGAUAUUUUUACAGAUUUCCAAAACACACCAAAACUCAGCCAAAUCUACCAAAAUUAAGCCCUAAUUCGCACGAGCGUUAAAAAAGCGUUGCGU